AUGGGUGGUAGAGAAGCUUCUCCUAAAGUCCGGGUGGGCUCUCGAGCCCUUAAAAUUGGCACCAGCUCCUCAUGCCACAGAUCCCGGGGAUCCAGCUCCCAGCCAGGGCCCAAGCGGAGCAACGUGCACAGCCAGCCAGCGAGAGCCCCAAGUGAAAGCGAGCGCACUCCUGCGCUCUGUCCCCUUUCUUCUAAGGCCAUGAUGGCUCUCCUGGAGCUCUUUGGUUGGACAGUCUGGGUCCCGAAUCCUGACGCAUCACUCACCAUGCAGGGACUUCCAGAAGUCAGGACUCCAGGUAGCCCUGUGGCCCUGCCACCAUCCCGAUUCAGUGGGCCCGCGUGGCGGCCGGUGACCUUCCAGGAUGUGGCAGUGGUCUUCACGAGGGAGGAGUGGCGUUACCUGGACCCUUCUCAGAAGGAGCUCUACCAGAAUGUGAUGCUAGAGAACUACAGAAACCUGCUCUACCUGGGACUCGUAGUUUCCAAACCAGAUGUGAUCUGCCAGUUUGAACAAGGAGAAGGACCUUGGAGUCCAGAGGAGAGAAUCCUAGGAACCAUCCGUCCAGGUGAGCGAAUGACCACCAGGCAGAGGAGAAGAGAUUGCUGCAAGAGGGAGAAUCUGGAAGUGGCAGUGGGGAGCAAGGAGGAUCCCAACUCCCCUCCCUUGACCAUUAAGCUGAGCAAACAUCAGAGAAUUCACACUGGAGAGAAGCCUCAUAAGUGUAAUGACUGUGGGAAGGCCUUCAGCCAAAGAGGACAUCUUACUCUACAUCAGAGAAUUCAUACGGGAGAAAAACCCUAUGAAUGUAAAGAAUGUGGAAAGGCCUUCCGCUUGAGAGAUCCACUUAUUCAGCAUCAAAGAAUUCAUACUGGAGAGAAACCUCAUAAAUGUAAUGAAUGUGGAAAGGCUUUCUCUGUAAGGACAGACCUUACCAGGCAUCAGAGAAUUCAUACUGGAGAAAAGCCUUACGGAUGUGGUGAAUGUGGAAAGGCCUUCCGUGUGAGGGCAGAGCUUACACGACAUCAGAGAGUUCACACUGGAGAGAAACCUUAUGAAUGUAAUCAAUGUGGGAAAGCCUUCCGCCUGAGCAAAGACCAGCUUACUAGACAUCAGAGACUUCAUACUGGAGAAAAACCAUAUGAAUGUAAUCAAUGUGGGAAGACAUUCCGCCUAAGCAAAGAGUGUAGCCGACAUCAGAGAAUUCAUACUGGUGACAAACCUUACAAAUGUAAUCAGUGUGGGAAGGCCUUCUGUGUGAAGACAGAGCUAACCCUCCAUCAGAGAAUUCAUACUGGAGAGAAACCUUAUAAAUGUAAUCAGUGUGGGAAGGCCUUCCGCCUAAGUACACAGCUUACCCAGCAUCAGAGAAUUCAUACUGGUGAGAAACCUUAUAAAUGUAAUCAAUGUGGGAAGACAUUCCGCCUGAGUACACAACUUACCCAACAUCAGCGAAUUCACAUUGGAGAGGAACUUUAUGAAUAACUACAAAAACUAACAAUGCAAACAUUUUACCUAACAAUUAUAUUUGUGCCUAAUAAAAAUAUUUUUAAUGAGUGUGGGAAAGCCUUCUGCCUAAGUGGCUGAA